GGCAUCCCACGUGGUGCCCUCCCCCCGCGGGCCCCUCGUUUAUCGCAAUUAAUCAGUUCUCCCGCGUCGUCGUUCAUAAUCACUCCAAACAAAAAUAAUCUUAAAGUCCAUCUCGUUCACCCCCUCAAUUCUCCGUUAAUCGUAAUUAAACCCAAUAAAUCGUUCUGAUAAAUGUCAUUGCGGUCGCUGGAUGUGUUACAGCCCUGAUUCCAGUAAUUUCCAGAAUAUAACCUCACCCGUCAGAGUCGAGUGUGUCCAGUGAUCAGUGUUUAGUCUGCGAAUAUGUAACCAGGAAGUCCAGAAUCCCGAAAGUCCUCUUGCAAGCACCACCCCUCUCCCAAUGCAAUGAAAUCACCAUGUCCAAGCGCUUCGGAAAGGCCCUGGAGCAGGGAACCUCGUCUCCAGCGAAGCGAGCGAAGCUAGAGGUGCCAAAGUCCCCGAUUAUUCCAAAAAGACCAUCAAAGGACGACGACGACCCAUGGGGGGACGAUUUCCUCGAGGAGGACUUCGAGCAGAUAGACUUGAUAGCCUCUCAGGCAUGCUCCCAAGAGGUAAACGUGUCCACGGUGGAUUUCAACCACCAUGAACCAAGGGGCGUCGUCAAAUACGGAAGUUCCUUGCUGCCAGGGCCAUCGACAUCAGCAGCACCUUCCACGUCAGGGUUAAUUAAUGGCAGUAGGUUCACGAAUGGAGCUAGCAGAAGGUCAGAGGCACAAGGCCAGCCUUUGGCCAAACUUCCGAGGUUUAACUCAGACUGGAAGCCACCAGCGUCUCAGCAACUGGCAUCUUCGGAGGCGAUUGGGAACAUUGAGGAUCUCCCAUCGCUCGAUCACUUCAAGGGGGCCCUAUUGAAGUCUCGCUCGAACUUGAACUCGACCUUUCAGAGCCAGGCAUGCAUUCAGGCAAAUCCAGUGGAGAACGUCGAUCCCCAGGUUCAGGUGCUCACUGGGGAGCUCUAUUACUGGAAGGAGAAGCUCAAGAAGACAGAGAUAAAGGCUGAGAGGGAGAAACUCGAGAAGGACAAGGCUCUCGAGGAGGAGAAGAGGAAGUGGGAGGAGAAUGUCAAGGCGUUGACCAAAGAACGGGAGAACCUGAAAACCCAGUACGAUCUCCAGGCACUUCAGCUUGGGAGUCUCAUGGAGAAAUGUAAAUUGCUGGAGACGAAUGUUAUUAAACUGGUGCCGCCGUCAACGUCAGCUGUGAAUUCGCCGAAGAACAAGAUCGUGAAGUGUGGGUCUGGGCCGAAGGCUGUCAGGAUUGAGAGUGGCAUUCAGGUGGAUCUUCAGGCAGGGGUACAAGGGGAAGUGAGUGGAGAACUGAAGACGAUGGGCUACAGCUAUCCUCUCGCGGCCAUUCCUGAUGUGACUUUCGAGGCUCCUGUUCCGGAAAAGGCUGUAGUCGACGUCAAAGUUGUAGAGAAAAUUGGGCAGAAAAAUCUUCCGAUACUUCAGGAGGAGGAGACUUUCAGAAUUUUUGAAAAUCCGGAACUCGUCAAACCCAUUGUUACUGUUGUCGAUGGGAGACACCUGAGUACUGCUUUCUUCUGGAGUGAUGUCACGACGAUGAUGAGGAAAACUAGUGUGGAGAUCAAUUCUAAGGAUUGUUUUCCUAUGAUUAAUAAGAUUGUUGCAAUCAGUCGAGAGCUCUUGCUGAACGCCACUCUGGUCCUCAAAAAAAUUUCCACAGCGAUGCAGAACGACGAUAUAAGAGACAUGAAUGACCUCUACUUCUCCAACUUCUAUGACACCCCGAUAAAUUACUCACAGUCUUUACAAGAUGCCAGCCCCUGGUACAAGGAAGAGAGAGGCGUCGAGGCAAGACGAGCCUUCGGGACUCUCUCUCACAUCGCGAAAGCCUCGGACUACCUCAGUGAAUACAUUACGGGAAAGUCCUUUCUCAUCACUGACGGGGAUGAAGGUUUCCAGAGGCUGUCCACCCAGAUGGAGACGUUUAACGUUUGGGAGAUGAGGGGGCAUGAGUUCGAGAUGCUGGAGAUGAUGCUGGAAUUUGUGACGACGGUGGGACUCAUCAGACGGUCCCAUCAGUUCACUGGAUUAAUUUGUGCCAUUAUUACGACGGUUAGAAACGCCCAGAGGAGAGUGGCGUUCAGCCAACGGGGGCUGAAGUACGUCGGGGAUAUAUUCAGAGAAAUUGUUUUCUCGAGACCGUUAUUGCAGUGUUUUGUUCCGUUGACUGAUGUGCUUGUUUCUUUCUGCGGGUCACCGAGUUUUAACGUUAAAAUUUGCCCCUCACCGUCUGAAAAAUCAGCUAUAGAAUUGUGGAAAGGAGCUCAAUAUUUCACACCCAAUGCUUGCCCUUUGGCGGUCUUCAUGGCUCAACUGAUGAGAUUUAAACUCGACGAAAUAACGACGAUUAAGCUCGCCUUCUCUAUGCUUUCAUUCGUCUACCAAGCAUUCCUACUCAACAACAUCAGUUGGCCCGACGAAUCUAGUGUACACUAUUGUAGGACGAAUUUGCUGACUUUUACGAUAGCAAUUUUGUACAAUUGUUCAAAGAUCAAUUUAGAAGAAGUUAGGAGUAGACUGACUGCUGACACGUGCCCCACCAGUCGUACCUGGAGGAAAUUAGAUGACAAUUUUUGGCGAGGGGUCAAGAGAAGACAGUUCAGUGCACUCAAAAGUGGAAUUCGUUUUUUGAGUUUUUUGGCAAAACGCGAUCCAGACUUUAUCGUCAGAGCUACUGAUGUGGAUGAUCUUUUUCAACUUUUUAUGCAACAAGUGCCGAUGAUACAGGGAUUUGCACUGCAUGCGAAUGAACGAGAAGCCUUAACCCUGAUCACCUCGACAAUUGCCCUAGAGAAAGCAUCCUCAGGUGAGACAGUCCCAUCGACUCCUAGACUUUUUACACCUAAAAGUGCCUUGAAAGACAAACCAGACACGUCGACAGAACCCGAGAACUUCGGCAUGAGUUCCCACAAGAGGAGAAUGAAGAAUAUAAAAAUAUACAAGACGAAGCUUUAAUAAUUCCUCACGAAUUGUAAUUUAUCUAACAUAACUCCGUCGUGACCCAAUUGUUCGUUUUUUCUGUAAAUAAUUGUACGUUCUAUUUUUUUUUUCAUAAAAAAGUUGAAUUUUUAUGGCUCUAUGACAAUAUAUUUUAUACUUUUUUAAAUAAUUUUAUCACAGAAUACAGAUAGACUUAUUUCUACUCA